GUUGUGUUCAAAGCUUGUGUUGUGGUGCGGUCGGCUGCUAGAAAUUUGUGGAUUUAUUCGGGUGAAAACACACAGAAAUGGCACGCAAAGCGGAAGUGCAAAUCCUCAACGCACCGAGCGACGUAAUAUCGUCGGUGAAGUUUGCGCCCAAAACGAACCAAUUCCUGCUCGUCGCGUCCUGGGACACCAGCGUCCGGCUGUACGAUGUUGUCAACAAUACGCUGCGGCACAAGUUUUUCCACACCUCGCCCGUGCUGGACUGUGCCUUUCUGGAUUCGGUAAAAACUGUCAGCGGCGGGCUGGACAACACGGUGAAGCUGUACGAUCUGAACACACACAUCGAGCACAACCUGGGGACGCACGAUGCCGCGGUGAAGUGUGUUGAGUACGCGUCGAUGGUGAACGGCAUACUGACCGGCAGCUGGGACCGGACGGUGAAGCUGUGGGACGGGCGCGAGAAGGAGUGUGUCGGCACGUACGACCAGAGCGCCGGCAAGGUGUACUCGAUGAGCUGCAUCGAGGAGCGGCUCGUGGUGGCCACCUCCGACCGGAAGGUGCUGAUCUGGGAUCUGCGACACAUGAGCAACUACGUCGAGCGGCGCGAAUCGUCCCUCAAGUACCAGACCCGCACCGUGCGCUGCUUCCCGAACAAGGAGGGCUACGUGAUGAGCUCGAUCGAGGGCCGGGUGGCGCUCGAGUACUUCAAUCCGAGCCCCGAGUGGCAGAAGAAAAAGUUUGCCUUCAAGUGCCAUCGGUCGAAGCAGAACGAGAUCGAACACAUCUAUCCGGUGAACGCGAUUAGCUUCCACAACGUGUACCACACCUUCGCCACGGGCGGUUCCGAUGGGUUCGUAAACAUUUGGGAUGGGUUCAACAAGAAGCGGCUGUGUCAGUUCCACAUGUACGACAGUUCGAUAUCGAGCCUGUGCUUCAGCGAGGACGGCAGUGCGCUCGCGAUCGCCUGUUCGUACAUGGAUGAGGCCGAAACCCCACCGGAACCGUACCCGGAGCCGACGCUGUACGUGCGCUACGUGAGCGAGCAGGAGACACGACCGAAAUAGGAUGGGACCUUCGAGGGGGAGAGAGGUUUUUGCGCUCUAAAUGUAUUGAAUGUAAUAAACUAAGUUUAGUUAAGUAGAAUUUAAAUCGAUGUACGUGCUCAUCCAGCUUUUCGAUAGGGACGAAAGGACAGAGGAAAUAUAGCCCAUUGACUUCCUGGAAAUAUA